ACAGAUGAUAACCUGCAGCUGUGUUGUGUCUCGUUCUCUCCAUCAGACGCCUGUGAGCUGGAACUGGACACAAACACAAUGAACAGAUCCUUCAAACUGUCUGACAACAACAGGAAGGUGACAUAUGUGGACGAGUAUCAGUUAUAUCCUGAUCAUUCAGACAGAUUUGAAUACUGGUGUCAUCAGCUGUUGUGUAGGACUGGUCUGACUGGUCGCUGUUACUGGGAGGUCGAGUGGAGAGGAGAGGUUGAUGUAUCAGUGAGUUACAGAGGAAUCAGAAGGAGAGGAGACAGUGAUGAAUGUUUGUUUGGAAGUAAUGAUCAGUCCUGGAGACUGAUCUGCUCUGAUGAAGGUUACUAUGUCUGUCACAAUAAAAGAGAAACAGACAUCUCCUCCUCCUCCUCCUCCUCCUCCUCUGUCUCUCACAGAGUAGCAGUGUAUGUGGACUGUCCUGCUGGCUCUCUGUCCUUCUACAGAGUCUCCUCUGACACACUGAUCCACCUCCACACCUUCAACACCACAUUCACUGAACCUCUCUAUCCUGGGUUUAUGUUCUGUACUUAUGGUUCUUCAGUGUAUCUGUGUGGUGUGUCGCUCUGAGAAACACUGCUGACU